GGUCCCCUGUAUUAUUUAAAAAGAAGGUAAAAAUAUUAACUUUAGAAUUUGUUCAAUUAAAUGUUAAAAAUUGUUGAGUGGCCACCAAUAAUUAGAUAGUACCAGAAGACAGCAGAAAACAGUAGAUAGAUCCAGAAAGACAGUACGAGAAGAUAAUACCAGGAAAAAUUACUUCCCAAGUGGUAAAGGAGAAAAUGGUGUGUUGGGGGGGAGGUAGGGAGUUGAAAGGAGAAAUGUAAGGAUAGAAUACAAUUAAAUCAAUUCAAGAGAAAGCAUUUCUGAAGAAAUCUAGAAAAAGUAGGAAGACUUAACACAUAAAAAAAAAAAAAUGGUAGAAGUCACAAAAUAUCAGAAAUCAUAACCAAUAUCAAUGGACCAAACAGAAAUGCAAGCUUUCAAGACUGAUUAAACAAAGAGUAAACAAAUAACAUUGGGCUACAUGUUGUUUAUAAGAGCCACACUAAAGUAUAAGGACAAGAAGGAACGUUAGUAAAUAAAAGGAUAUAAAAAGAUACACCAUGGCAAAUACCAGCUCGAUGAAUGUAUUUAGCCAUGCUAAAUAAAUGUCAGGUAAAAUACCUGAAGGCAAGGCAAAAAUUUUCUUGACACACAGAAAGCUGUUACAAAUUGAUAAAAUGGUCAAUUCAUCAGAAAUUUUAAAUAUGUACUUUAUAACAAAGUAUAGAAAAGACAAAUAGGGAGACUUAGCUGAUAAAAGUGACUUUCUGUAACUGAUAAAGCUGACAAACACAUCAGUAACGAAUACUAGCACUUGAACACAAUUAACAAACUUGACCUAUGUACAUAAAUUUUAAAAAUGACUAGGUACUGUGGACAGAAGCAAGUAUCAAGAAAUUUUAAAUAACUGGUAUCAUUACAGACCACAUUCUCUGGCACAGUGCAAUUAAUGCAAGUAAGUCACAAAUGAAUAUCAAAAAGCUAAUAACACAUUUUCACAUAUUUGGAAAUUAAGGAAAAUUAUCUUUUACCCUGAUGGCAAAAGAAAUCUCAAUAGGAAUUAGGACAAUUUUAAACUAAAUGCCAUUAAAAACUUAAGAGAUAUAAUGAAAGUAGUACUUGAAGGGAAAUUCAUAACUUAAAUAUAUUUUUCAGGAAAUAAGAAAGGUAAAAAAUAGAGAGUAAACAUUAAGCUGAAAAAAAUGAAAAGUAAUAAAGUCAGAGAAACAAAAUAGAAAGAAUACAGAUAAGGAAAAAUAAAAUGGAGAGCAAUUACAACAAGAAAAAACAAUACAGAGAGGAUUAAUAAGACUGGUCAAGAAGAAAAAUAUAUAAUCAACAUACACAAUAAAGGAGGAAAUGAUAGAAAGAAAUAGACAACUUGACUCCAUCUGUGAGCAUGAAACAACUGAUGUGGAAGGCAAGAUUUUGUCUCCCCCAAAACCCUACCCAGAUGCCUUUAUAGUUGAGUUCCUAAUUUUUCAAGGGACAGUUAAUUCCUGUCCUUAUUAUAUAAUGUCAUAUAAAUUACUGCAGAACAAAGAAAACUAGUGAGAGUUGCAUGGCACAUUUUAUGAGACUAGUGUAAUUUUUCAAAUACAGUUUUUCUUGAAAAAUAACUACAAAUUUACAGAACAGUUCCAAGAAGAGAAGAAGGAACAGGUCUCCUCCCCAUGUGAAAGUAAACUGCUGACAUUUUGCGCAAUAACCCCCAUUACUUUGUCUAUUUCCUAUAAACAAGGAGUUUUACAUACAUAACCAUAAUAUAACACUGGGAUCAGGAAAUUAACAUUACAUACAUUAAUACCAUCUAAUUCGAGGACCCAAUUCAAGAUUCUCCAAAAUAGAGAAACAGAAUUAACUGCAAUAACUUAGCUAAAUAUCUGAUUAGCUGGUGCUCGAUAAAUAGCCAUUCCUUUCACUAAUUCCCUGGGGACUCCUGAGUUUCUGUCCUGGUAGUCACAAGAUGGAUCCGUCUGCAUCGUCUCCAAUCUGCACAGCCGGAAGUGGGGUGACACCACCCCAAUGUGUCACACUCAUAUGACACACUACAUCCUCUCUACCACAUUAACCCGUCCAGUGUCUCUCUAUGGCCCCUGUCCGAGAGGCAAGGCUGGGCUGCCCACCUGGAGCCUAACGCCAGCUUCAUGAACUCCCAGUGGGCACCGCCCUUACCGGACAGACACAGCCUCCGCCCUCAGGAAGGUGGAGACAGCACCAGACGGCGAAGCUUUGCGCAGCUGCAGGCCUCCCCCCACCACACUGCCUUCAAGACCGCACAUGCUCCCUGGGGCCCCUGCGGAAUUACGAGGGGUGGGAAUCGGUCACCAGUUUGCCGCCAUCUUGGGCUCUAGCAGUAUUUUUCCAGCUGUGGAAGCACGGCCUGACCCGCAGCAGAGACUUGGUAAACGCCGGCUCUGCUUAUGUAUGGUUAGCCUGCUCCAGGUACUAUUGGUUUCCAUGGUACUUUCACACUUUUCUCCUCUGACCCACAGGGGCUUUGGCCUCCCAGGGUCGGGGCUGCGAUCUGAGGUCUGUCGUGGGGUCCUCAGCUGCUGGGUGUUCUCCUGCCUCUAAUGGCGGUGGCUCGGACUCAGCCCUUCCUCAAAAAGUGCAGUUAUCAAGGAGGGGAGCCCCCAGCAUAUGGGAUCAACAAUGGCUGAUCCUAAUGCCAAGCUGUGUGUAAGUGUGAGAGAGAUCCUAAGGCCAGGGUGCGUAUGAGUGUGAGAUACCAUAAUGCUAGGGUUGUGUGCGGAAGAGAUCGUAAUGCCAGGGUGUGAUUGUGUGAGUGUGAGAGAGAUCCUAAUGCCAAGGUGUGCAUGAGUUGUUGCGUGUGUGUGUGUGUGUGUGUGUGUGUGAGAGAGAGAGACAGAGACAGAGAGAGAGAGAGUGUGUUAAUAUAGUCCAAAAGACAUAAAGAUAGUGAAGGUAAGGAAGUGCUUUUCUGAAGAAAUUUAUUUUUGAUGAGUCACUUAAUUGAAGAAAUUUAUUUUUGACGAGUCAAUUGUUGUACCACUUUAAUAAUAUGUUCAUUUUUUUAACCUUUUGAAAUUGACAAGAAAUAUAAGCUCUUUACAGCAUGUCAGAGAAAACAGAGGGUAAAGUGAAUUCUCUUUUACCCUCUGGAACUCUUUCCAGUUCCAUCUCCUAAUUUAUUUGUUUGAUAUGUACCUGUCACUUUCCUCUAUUUAUAUACAAACAUAUAUUCAUGUAUAUAUGUAAGAUAUCAUUUUAGUAUCUUUUCAUAUUACUCUGACAGUCAUACUCCCAAAUUAAAUAGGUCUUAAGACCUAUUCAUCAGAACCAAAAAUUUUUUAUUAGUAAUUACAAAUAUAAAGUAGGUCCUCUAUGAAUUAUUCUGUUCCUACAUUAAUGAACUUCGAUGUUGUACAUAAGUGCCUGUGCGUGUGUGUCUGUUUUAUAGCUUUAGUGAAGUAUAUCUGAGAAAUAACAAACUCCACAUAUUUGAAGUGUACAAUUUGGUGAUAUUUGACACACGUAUGCUCUAUGGAAACCACUGUAAACAACAUCAUAAGCAUAUCCAUCACCUUCAAAAUUUUCCUUUGGUCCCACUCCAACCCAAGCUCCCCUUCUACAAGUCAAUCACUGAUCUUUCUGUUAAUAUAAAUUAAUUUGCAUUUUCUAGGAUUUUAUACUAAUGGAUUCCUGCAAUGUGUAUUCUCUUUGUGUUUCAGCGUAAUUAUUUUGAGAAUCAUCCAUGUUUUUAUGAGUUUCAUUGCUUAAUUCCUUUUUAUUGUUGGAUAGUUUCUAGUUUAUGCUGUACAACCAUUGUAUGGUUCCAUUAUUUAUUGGGUUGUUUUGUUUUGGCUCUUACAAAUAAACUUGCUGUGAACAGUCUCCUACAAGCUUUUGCAUGGCCAUAUACUUUCAUUUAUCUUGAGUAAAUACUUGGAAGUGGAUUGACUGGAUCAUGUGGAAAGUACAUGAUAUAUAUAUUUAACUUUUAAAGAAACUUCCAAACUGUUCUCCAAAAUGUUUGUACCGUUUUACAGUUCUUUCUGUAGUCUGUGACCUUUCCAGUUACACCAUACCCUCACCAAUGUUUGGCAUCGUUGCCCUUUAAUUUCAGUCAUUCUAGUGGGUGUUAAGUGUUAUCUUAGUGCAAUUUAAUUUGCAUUUGCUUGGUGACAGUUGAUGUCUUUUUCAAGUGCUAAUUUUCUAUCCAUAAAUCUUUGGUAAAGUGGCUGCUAAAUAUUUUACCUACUUUUAAAUUGGAUUAUCUUUUUACCAUUGAGUUGUAAAAGUUCUUUAUAUAUUUUAGAGGCAGGUGCUAGACUUUAUGUUUUCCAAGUAUUUUCUCACUCUCUGUGGCUUGCCUUUUAGUUUUUUUACUGUGGCUUUGGAAGAGAAAAAUAUUUUAAUUUUGAUAAACUCUGAUGUAUUGAUUUUUUCCCCUCUUUGGUAGUUCAGAUUUUUUGUGUCCUAUUUAAGACAUCUUUGCCAAAUCAAGGUACCUAAGAUUUUCUAUUUUUUUUCUGAGAAGUUUUAUAUAUUUAGUUCUUAUAGUCCAUUUACAAUUAUUUUUUGUAUAUGGUCAGUUUUUUCCCCCUUUUAAGCAUAUGGCUGUCUGUUACAGCAUCAUUUGUUGUAUUACUGGCACUUUGGUUGAAAAUUAUCUUUUAUUGAUAAAUGAUUGACCUUAUACAUCUGGGUCUUAUUUCUGGAUUCUCUGAUCUGUUCCAGUGAAUUAUGUUUCCACACCAGUACUACACCAGUACCACAGUGUCUUGAGUGCUGUAACUUUAUAAUUAGUCUUCAACUCAGAUUAAGAGUCUGAUUCUAAGGAAAAAUAGUUUCCCAAAUUUUACACAAUUAAUUGAGUAUUGAUAUCUGAAUCCUGUGUAUACAGUAAAAUGGAUUCUACAUCUCUCUUACCAACAUUUUUAGAUGUGGAUCUGACAAUAUCACAUAUUGAAUGUCUUCCCAAGGAUAUUCUGGUGAAAUUUCAAGGCAUAAAUAAUAAUCAAUGUGAGUUUGACUACCACAUAUUGCAGAAGGAAAUACAACAUACUCCAAAAGUGAAAAAUAAUGUUGAAAUUGAUGAAUUUUGUUUGGUGGAAGAAAGAGUAUCUGGAGAAUGGCAGAGAGGAAGAGUUGUGGAAAAGAAAAAUGAACUCUAUACAGUGCUGCUCAUAGAUCGCGGAGAAGAACUAAGAGUUGCUGGUCCACAGAUUGCUUCAGCCUGUGGCAAUUUAUUUGAGUUACCGCCACGGGUAGUAUUUGGUAUUUUUGCCAACAUACUACCAGUUGGGGAAAAAUGGUCUCCUAAGGCUUUGAGUUAUUUCAAGUCAUUAGUAGGAAUACAAGUAAAAGGUUAUGUGCAAGCUAUUUUACCUCUGCAAAUGUUUCUUUUUGAAGUGCCAAAAAUUAUAUCUCAGGCCCUUGAGUUACAAUUAGGAAGACUUGUUGAUGGAGAUUCAUUUCGUCUUCUUGUGGAAAUGUUAAAAGAAUUCCCUCAACAAAUGCCAGAUUUAUUGCAACAUAAAAUACCUGAAUUGUCAUUAGAUAAUAAAGAUACUUCACUUGAUAUUCAACAUGUUCUGGAUAAGUUGCAGCCAUCUUUGUCAGUAGGAAGUACUGAAAGUGUAAAGGUAUCAUCUGCAUUGAGCCCAAGUAAAUUUUAUUGCCAGUUAAUAAAAUGGACUCCAGAGCUAGAAAACUUGACAGCACAUAUGACUUUGCAUUAUGAUACUGUCUGUCAAGAAACCAGCCCCAUGUGUGAUAAUUUUGGACUACUUUGUGUUGCCAAAAGGCGAAAUGGACAGUGGCAUAGGGGAAUUCUUCAGCAGCUCUUGUCCCCAGAUCAAGUAAAAAUUUGGUUUAUGGAUUAUGGGAGUAGUGAGGCCAUACCCUCAAUUUAUGUAAAAAAACUUAAACAGGAUUUUAUUUUAGUACCAUUAUUUUCAUUUCCAUGUUCUCUGACAUGUUUGCACAGUCCAGAUAGAGAUGCAAGAACAUUUCAACUGAGUAUAUUUAAACAGGCCUUGUUAGGUCAAGUGGUAUAUGCACACAUUGAUUGGUUCAAUAAGGAUGAGCAUUUGUAUUAUGUGACAUUACAAAGCCGAGAGUCUACAGUUAAUUCUAAGGGUCUACUGAAGACUGUAGGAACACAAGUAUUUUGUCCCAUGUCUGAUUCAAAAAUUUCCAAUAUGUUGAGUGAGACAAAUGCAUCUGAUGUAAACAGCUUUGCAGUUGAGGGUUUUAUGGGAAAUAAUGAAUGGUCAAUAGACUAUCUAAAUGAAAAAAGCAUUUUGAAAGUAGGUUUUCCUGUUAAAACAGUAGAAAUGGAGAUAGAGGCCGCCUACGUAGCUUUUAUAGCAUAUGUAUUAAACCCAUCAAAUUUUUGGGUACGCACUAAUGACCAUCAGAAUGAAUUUCAAGAAAUAAUGAAAAAUAUAAACAAAUUUUAUGAUUUAUGUGAAAACGAUGAAAUGAUUCUAAGAAAACCUGAACCUGGAUUGUUUUGUUGUGCUAGAUAUAGCAAGGACAGACAUUUUUAUAGAGCUGUCAUCACUGAAAUUAAUGGUUAUAAGAUUAAUGUUUAUUUUUUGGAUUAUGGCAAUACUGAUUCCAUACCAUUUUUUGAUGUAAAAAUUUUGCUUCCAGAAUUUUGUGAGUUGCCUGCCUUAGCCAUGUGCUGUUCACUUGCACAUGUAUUUCCUGUUGAAGAUUUAUGGACUAAGGCUGCAAUUGAUUAUUUUAAAAAAUUAGUUUUGAACAAAGCAAUUUUGCUUCAGGUUAUCACAAAAAAAGAUGACAAGUACACUGUAAAUAUUCAAAGUGUUGAAGCCUCAGAAAAUACCGAUGUUAUCUCUCUUAUGUUACAAGCUGGAUAUGCAGAAUAUUGGCAAGUAGAACCAGAGUAUUUUCCAAAAUCUGUAAGUGAAUAUUCAAUGUUAAAUUCAAAAUCUAAAAACAAAGUUAGUAUUAAAAAAGUCAUAUCUGCCCUUCUUGAAGGACCUACGUCUAAAAAAUACCAUUCAAAUAACCUGAUAGAAAAAAACUCGUCUUUGCCAAAGUCCCCAGCUGUUAAUUUCUCAGAUUUAAAAAAUCCUUUCACCUUGUCUGUGGGACCUGAGUCAUCCCUGCCUUAUAAAGAACAUAUUUUUAAGCCAGGAACAGUUCUUGAAGUUAAAUGUUCUUAUUUUUAUGGCCCAGGUGACUUUUCAUGCCAGCUCCAAUGUAAGUUAGAAGACCUAAAAUUACUAAUGGAGCAAAUUCAGAAUUAUUAUAGCAUUCAUUCUGAUCCUUAUCAGAUUGGGCAGAUUGCUUGUGUUGCUAAGUAUUCUGGGAAGUGGUAUAGAGCUGCUGUUUUGACUCAACUAUCAAAAGAAGUUGACAUAGUAUUUGUUGACUAUGGUUACCAAGGAAGGGUUUUAAUUAAAGAUCUCUGCGCUAUUAACCCACGUUUUCUUUUAUUAGAAGCUCAAGCCUUCAGAUGUUGUCUUAACCAUUUAGUUGAACCUGUAAGUUGUAAAUUAUUCAGUUGGACAAGAGAAGCAUACAGACACUUUCGGAAUUUUAUCUUUUCAUCUAGAGGAUCAUUGACUUGUAUCAUCUAUGCCUUAUUUCUUGUGUAUCCAAACCGUUUAUAUAACUUAGUAGAUUUACAAUCCUCAUUUACUAGUGCAAAAGAAUUUCUUAUUAAUAGUGGCUCUGCUCAAUACAUCACAUUAUCAGAGCCAUUUUCAUCUUUAGCUAGUCUUUACAGUUACUGUUACUCUUCCUUUAAUAUAAAAAUUGGAAGUGAAGAAGAAGUGUAUAUAUCUCAUAUCUGUAGUCCCAAAAAGUUUUAUUGCCAGCUUGGCAGAAAUGAUAAAGAUCUAGAGAUGAUAGAAACAAAAAUCACAGAGAUUAUUAACCUCAAAAAUUGUCCAAAAUAUGAUUCUAAUAAAAUGAGAUUGUGCAUAUCUAAGUAUGUAGAGGAUGGUCUCUCAUACAGAGCUUUAGCAAUACCAACAGAUUCAUCAUCUGAGUUUCUAGUCUACUUUGUAGACUUUGGAAAUAAGCAAUUAGUAGGAGAAAAUAUGUUGAGAGCCAUUUCAGCUCAGUUUCCAGAGUUGUUGUUUACACCUAUGCAAGCUAUUAAGUGUUUUCUGUCAGAUCUUAGAGAUGUAGAUGUUCCAGCAGAAAUCAGUAGUUGGUUUAAAGACAAUUUCUUGGGAAAACCAUUAAAGGCAGUAAUAUUGUCCAAGGAGUCAGAUGGACAGCUUGGUAUAGAAUUGUAUGAUGGACCUCAAUAUAUAAAUGAGAAAAUUAAAAUGUUGCUUCAUGCUUAUGGAAAAAAACAUGGUGUCCAAGCAUGCUGCAUGGAAAAGAGUGAUAAAAUAAAUGAGAAUAAGAGAUUUACUGCUUCUUUGAAAGGCAAAAAAGAAAACAACUAUCACCAUAAUAUGACAAAUAAAACUAGUCUCAUAACAUAUUCUGAAAGAAAAGUAGAUAAAUUGAUGCAUCCCAAAAGUAUAUAUCCCAGGUUUUUGAAACCAUCAGUUUGUUAUAAAAUAGAAUCUGUGCCAAAAAACAAAAUGAAGAAUUCUUUGAAUGAUGGUCUUAAAGGUGUAAAAAUUGUCUCUGGAUCUGCACAUAUUCUUGACAAAAGUGGUGUGGGCCAAAAAUCAGUAAAGGUUGUAUCACAGUCUUUUAUCAGGGAGUUAAGUCAAGUAGCCUUACAAAACCCAUAUGACCUUAUUAGGCCACAGAUCAAAGACCUUCCUCAACCCCAAAUUUAUUUGAAUGCCAAAGUUAAAGGGUAUGUAUCUAAUAUCAGUAAUCCAGCAAGUUUCCAUAUUCAGCUUGCUGAGAAUGAAAGUGUGAUUAUCAGACUUGCUGAUGCUCUAAAUGCAAGAGCAAAGAGAUUGAAGGAGAGAAAAUCAGUUAAACCUCUAGUGGGAGAUCUUGUAGUUGCAGAAUAUUCUGGUGACAAUUGUAUUUACAGAGCAGUUAUUAAGAAAAUUUUGCCAGGAAAUUCUUUUGAAGUAGAAUUUAUUGACUAUGGUAACUCUGCAAUAGUAAACACAUCUAAAAUGUAUGAACUUCAGAGGGAAUUUUUAACUGUUCCUCAGCUAGGAAUCCAUUCUUUUCUUAGUGGAGUAAAAUGGAACGAGCCUGAUGAAAUAUGGGACAACAAAACUGUGGAUUAUUUUACUUCAAAAGUACAUGACAAAACAGUUUAUUGUGAAUUUUUGAAAAAACAUGAUCAGAGAUGGGAAGUAAAUAUGAUCUGUGAUGAAAGAUGUGUCAUUAAUGAACUACUGAAAUGGAAAGCAUGUUCAAAACUACAGAAGUCAGCAUUGCAAAUACCUCAGGUUAUCUCUCAAAAGGUGAACCCAGGUGAUGAUAAUGAAAUGAACAAUGGAAGAUCAAUUGAGUCUGAAAGUUCUAUGAAUUUGAACCAACAGCUGUUUAAAAUUCCUUUGGAAGAGUUCAAACCUGGACAGCUUGAAAAAGCUGAAAUACUUCAUGUUUCAAAAAGUGGAAGAUUUUAUGUGACGUUAUCCAAAAAUAAAAAAAUUUUAUCAGAUUUAAUAGUAUUAAUUACUGAAGAAGAAAAAAAUUCCCCUUUUUUAUCAAUGGAAAGUAUUGAAAAAGGUUUAGAAUGCUUGGCAAAAUCUAAAAAUACCUUGAAGUGGCAUCGAUCAAAAGUAGAAGAAAAGUAUGUUGAUGAUAAAGUACUUGUUUUUUUAGUAGAUUGUGGUGUCUAUGAAACAGUGCCUGUAUGUAAUACCAAGCUGCUUAGUAAUGAAAUAAGAAAUAUUCCUAGACAAGCCAUACCUUGUAAAUGGAUGUGGUUUGAAAAUUCUAAGAAUAUGUCAUUUGAGUGCUUAUUUGCUCAUUUGGAAAUAAAUAUCCUUUUCCUGAAAUAUUUAGAUGCUGUUUGGGAAGUAGAGAUUUUGGUAGAUGACCUGUUACUUUUGGAAUACUUAAAUCCGAAUUCAGUUCCUAUUGAAGAAAACAAGCUUAGACCUGAAGAAAUUGUUUACAAUAUUGAAUCUAAGACUCCUAUAUCAUCAUGUGCAAUAAAAUCGUUUACUUGGGCACAAUUCCAAAAUGAUAGGCAGUAUUCUGGUAUUGCAACUUCUGUUUCUGAUCCAUCAGACUUCUAUAUUCAGUUAGAAGAUUCCUUUGAUAUAAUGAAAUAUCUUUUUAUGUUGCUUUCUGAUCUACCAGAGACCUUAGAAACAUUUCCUCAAAAGUUCAUAAUUCCUGGUUCUAGUUGUUUGUUCAAAUAUAAAUCAGAAGAUCAGUGGAAUAGAGCAGAAAUUUCUGAAGUCUCACAUCAGUCUUUACGUCUUUUGUUGAUUGACUAUGGAUUUUCUUUUUAUAUACAUUAUUCAGAAAUUAUAAAUCUUAAAGUUGUUCCUGAGGAACUUUUGAAUUUGCCAAGGCUGAGUUAUCCAUGUAUUUUAUAUGGUAUCUUACCUGCUAAAGGAAAACAUUGGAAUGAAGAUGCCAAAAGCUUUUUUCGAGAUUUUCUAAGUAAACCAGACUUAGUUUUUCAGUUUAGAGAAUAUAAUUCUGAAAGGAAAUGGAAAGUAGAUGUCAUUCAUGAGAAAAACAAUUUGGCAGACAUAUUAGUUGCAUCUGGUCUUGCAACUUAUUCUGAAGAUUCAGCUCAUCUUCAUGCAAUUACUGCUAUGGAAUCUACUAAAAUCCAAUAUAAAUUACAGAGUAAGCCUACUUUCCCAUUGUUAAAUCAAAAUUGUUGCAAAAAACAAAAUUUUACAUGCACUGAGAAACAGAAGUGUAAACAGAAAUCUACAAAGAGGAAAGAUGUUGAUAAGAACCUCUUAAGGAAAAUUCAUAUUAGUAAAAGAUCACAUUCUAGAAAUUUGAGAAAGAAAGUUGAUAGUGGAAAACAUUUCCAGAGUACUAUUUUGUUUGAUACAUGUACAACAACUUCAUUUUGGGGACUGCCUGAUGGUUUGAAGAAUAGCAGUUAUGUUGACAUUUUUUUUGAAAAACUACCAGCUGAAGGAAUACAGGAAAAUAAGACAAUGAAUUUUAGAACAUCAGUAAAAACAUUGCAUAAUAAAGAAAAAAUUAUUUCAGAAGAAAAAAGGUAAAUAGAUAUUUUUCUGAAGUCAAUUUUCUUCUGUAGAUUCUAUUUUUUGAUUCUUUUAAAGUUUUUUUAUAUACUAAUAUUAUCCAGAUUGAAAAUAUAUUGCAGGAAAACUCACUAGAAAGUCUGAAUAAAUGGAUGAACUGGAAGUGGCCACUAUGAUUAUAAAAUGUUGCUUCACUAUCUUUACAUUUUUUGAAUGGCAAAAUUUUUAGAAUAUAAUGAAAGAUUUUAACCACACAUGCAUGUACACGUAUGACAUUUGACAAAUAAUUUCAAGGGUUUCAUAAAACUUCUAAAUGUCUGUAGAUCUCAUGUUAAUAAAUCUUGCUAUUGUUAGUGAGCUUCCUGGGCUCAUUUUGAAGAAUAAUUUUUUGUUACAUAUUGUUUUAUAUCAUAUGACAUAUAUCUUUAGGUUUUUUGAGUGUGCUUCCAGCAUAUUUCUAAACCAGAUAAAUUUAUAAAUAUACCGACUGUAGCAUAUUUUCUCCUAAAUCUCUUAGAUGUCAAACUAAUUCUAAAAUAUUGUUAACAUUUUAAUAUUUUGUGAAUUAUAGUAUUGUCUGAUUUUGUUUAUGCACAUUACAUUCAUUUUCUUUAUGGAUUAAUUACUGAGGAUUUUGUAGGCUGUAAAGAAUGUUCCCUGGCAAAUGUUUGUUUUCACUUUAUAAAUAAAAUGUGUAUUAUUCCACAUUC